AUGUUUGCCCGAUCAAUGUUGAGGUCUGCAGGACCUCUUCGCCAGAGCAUCCGGAGCUAUUCAACCGAAGCACCUAACAAAUCCUCCUCCACGCCUUGGAUUGUCGGCGCCGCAGCCGUCGGCGCAGGCAUUGCCGGCUACACUCUGCUGGGCAACAACAAGGUCUCAGCCGACGCUCCCAAGCCGUCCGAUGACGCGAAGUACGGAGCCCAGAAAGUCGGGGAGACGUCCAAGGCCUUCACUGGAGGGGACCAGGGAUUCGUCGACCUCAAACUCGCCGAGGUCAUCCUGUACAACCACAACACCAAGAGAUUCAAGUUUGAACUGCCCGAACAGGACCAGGUCUCCGGGCUGAGCGUUGCUUCUGCCGUCAUCACGAAAUACCAACCGCCGAAUGCUGACAAACCGGUCAUUCGGCCGUACACGCCGAUCAACGAUGAAGUAGAUGUCAAAGGUUACCUCGAGCUGCUGGUCAAAGUCUACCCGAACGGAGCGUUGUCGAGCCACUUGGACUCGAUGGUCCCUGGCCAGAGGCUCUCCUUCAAGGGCCCGAUCCCGAAAUAUCCCUGGUCGCCGAACAAGCAUGAACACAUCACCCUGAUCGCCGGUGGCACAGGUAUCACGCCCAUGUAUCAGUUGAUCCGGGCGAUCUUCAAAAACCCCGAGGAUAAGACCAAGGUGUCUCUGGUCUACGGCAACAUCACGGAGGAGGAUAUCCUGCUUAAGAAAGAGCUGGAGGAUAUUGAGAAGGAGUUCCCUCAGCGAUUCCGCGCCUUCUACGUCUUGGACCAACCCCCGUCUAGCUGGCCGUACGGCAAAGGGUUCAUCUCCAAGGAACUCUUGAAGACAAUCGUUCCGGACCCGAAGAGCAGCAACAUCAAGAUCUUCGUCUGUGGCCCUCCGGGUCUGUACAAGGCCAUCAGCGGCAACAAGACCAGCCCACAAGACCAGGGUGAGCUGAGCGGCAUUCUCAAAGAGUUGGGCUACACCAAGGAUCAGGUGUACAAAUUCUAG